GCAUUCUGCUAGCGCAUGCGGCUUAAGCAUCAAGUACCAACCACCAAGUGACCAUUGAUCUAUCUCCGCCUCCUUUUAACGGCAACGAUGCGUCUAGGGGUCCGCUAGUAGCAAAUGUUUGGUAGUGAAUCGUCGAAGGGAUCCUACCAAACUCUUUCAAAAUGAGUGGAAAUAUUGGUAUGGAGAGUUUAAUUCCUAUUGUAAAUAGGCUCCAAGAUGCUUUUACAAAACUUGGGGUGAAUCUUUCACUAGAUUUGCCUCAGAUAGCAGUCAUCGGUGGACAGAGCGCAGGAAAGAGUAGUGUCUUGGAAAAUUUUGUCGGAAAGGAUUUCUUACCCAGAGGCUCUGGCAUUGUUACUAGACGUCCUCUGGUACUUCAAUUAAUAAACUCUAAUCAAGAAUAUGGAGAGUUUCUGCAUUGCAGAGGUAAAAAAUUUACCGAUUUCGAUGCCAUCCGAAAGGAGAUUGAAGAUGAAACAGACCGGAUGACAGGAUCCAACAAAGGAAUAUCCAAUGCUCCUAUUAAUUUAAGAGUUUACUCGCCUAAUGUUCUGAAUCUGACUCUCAUUGAUUUACCUGGAAUGACAAGAGUUCCAGUUGGAGAUCAGCCUGUUGAUAUUGAACAACAGAUACGGGAUAUGCUUCUAACUUAUAUUAAAAGAGAAACUUGCUUGAUUUUGGCUGUAACUGCAGCUAAUCAGGACUUGGCCACUUCAGACGCUUUGAAGCUUGCUAAGGAGGUGGAUCCAGAGGGUUUGCGCACAAUUGGUGUGAUAACAAAACUGGAUUUAAUGGAUGAAGGUACAGAUGCAAGAGAUAUUUUAGAAAAUAAGCUUCUGCCUUUAAGGAGAGGGUAUAUUGGUGUGGUAAACAGAAGUCAAAGAGAUAUCGAAGGCAGAAAAGAUAUUAAAAUGGCCAUUGAGGCUGAAAGAAAAUUCUUUCUCAGUCAUCCUGCUUAUAGGCAUAUGGCUGAUCGAAUGGGAACACCUCAUUUGCAACGUGUACUAAAUCAACAACUGACCAAUCAUAUAAGAGAUACUUUACCUGCUCUUCGUGAUAAACUACAGCGACAGAUGCUUUCUAUGGAGAAAGAUGUUGAAGAAUAUAAGCAUUUCCAUCCUGAUGAUCCGUCUCGCAAAACAAAAGCUAUGCUGCAAAUGAUUCAGCAAUUGCAGACAGAAUUCGAACGUAACAUUGAAGGAUCAAGUUCUGCUGCUAUAAACACCAGUGAACUUUCAGGCGGUGCCAGAAUCAACAGAUUAUUUCAUGAAAGAUUUCCAUUCGAACUUGUGAAGAUGGAAUUUGAUGAAAAAGAACUCCGAAGAGAAAUUGCUUUUGCUAUUCGAAAUAUUCAUGGUAUUCGAGUUGGGUUGUUUACACCUGAUAUGGCAUUUGAAGCAAUUGUUAAAAAACAGAUAGCCAAGUUGAAAGAACCUGCUUUAAAAUGUGUAGAUCUUGUUGUUGCUGAAUUAGGAAAUGUUGUUAGAAAAUGUACUGAUAAGAUGAGUCGGUAUCCACACUUAAGAGAAGAGACUGAGAGAAUAAUUACCUGCUUUAUUAGAGAGCGAGAACAGAAAACUAAAGAACAGCUCAUUCUGUUGGUUGAAGUCGAAUUAGCUUAUAUGAAUACAAAUCAUGAGGAUUUUAUUGGAUUUACUAAUGCUCAGCAAACAGCUGAAGUGAAGACUUCGAAAGGAAAACUUGGAAACCAAGUUAUCCGUAAAGGUUGGAUGUGCAUUCAUAAUUUAGGAAUUAUGAAAGGUGGAUCAAGGGAUUAUUGGUUUGUUCUCACAUCUGAGACUUUGUCCUGGUACAAAGAUGAAGAGGAAAAAGAUAAGAAAUAUAUGCUGCAGUUAGAUGGCUUACAGGUUAAGGAUAUUGAAUCGGGAUUCAUGUCAAAACGUCAUACAUUUGCUUUGUUUAAUCCUGAAAACAGAAAUGUGUAUAAAGAUUACAAACAAUUGGAACUCUCAUGUGAAAGUCUGGAAGAAGUGGAUAGUUGGAAGGCUUCUUUCCUUCGAGCUGGGGUUUAUCCUGAGAGAACUUCUUCUGAAACUGUUAAUGGUGAAGAAAGUGCCUCUGAAGGCUCAACCUCUAUGGAUCCCCAACUGGAACGACAAGUUGAAACCAUACGCAAUCUUGUAGAUUCUUACAUGAAGAUCAUUACGAAGACGUUUAGAGACCUGGUCCCUAAGAUUUUGAUGCAUUUGACAAUUAAUAGUACAAAGGAUUUUAUUUAUUCAGAACUGUUAGCAAACCUGUACUCUGCUGGAGAUCAGUCGUCUCUUAUGGAAGAAUCGCCUGAGGAAGCCCACAAAAGAGAAGAAUUGUUGCGAAUGUAUCAUGCAUGCAAAGAAGCUCUGAGUAUCAUAGGAGAUGUUUCCAUGCAUACCUCAUAUUCACCAUUGCCACCUCCAGUCAAAGAUGAUUGGCUGAAGGUGUCAACACCAGAUUCUCCCAGGCCUUCUUCGCCCUCACCUGGGGGCAGCCGGAGAAAUCCUGGUACAGGUUCGAGGGCCCCACCUCCCCCACCGUUGACUAAUAGACAGCCGCCUGGGCCACCUGCUGGCUCUAAUCGUGUUCCACCUCCUGCUGCACCCCCACGACCUGUCAGUGGAUCAGGCCUGCCUCCACCUCUCCUACCAUCCAGUCGUAGCCCAAGUGGAAACGCACCUUCCAUUCCACCACGAACCUAAGUCAAAGACUUAUGGGUAGGAUCUCACCUGCCACUGCCACCUACACCAGCACUUCCAGUAGCUUCUCUCUCUCUCUCUAUGUUGCUUUCUCCAAAUAGGCUGGGGUUCUUCUUGUUCUGAAACGAUCUCUGUUAAAAGAGUGCAUAAAAGCAUUGUGUAAACUCCUCUGUUCUUUGCAGAAAGAAUGUAAAGUUUUUCUAUUCUUAUUAUCCUCUUCUUCUCCUUUUUUCAUCAUAUUCUUUUAACUGUUCUAUGUGCAAAAUUGUAAUAAAAAAAUGAAGUUUGAUUUGGAGGAGAUGCCCCUUCCCUACUUUAAAGAGAAAAUAAGUUUUUUUUAAAAAAAAGUUGGUAAAUCUUAAAAAUACCUAAAAAAAAAAUUGUAAUAAUGAUUGCUUAUGUUUUUAUUUGAGUUAAAUAAAUAUGCAACCAGCCAUUAUUUCAUUAUCGAGGUAUCUUUAAGAGCUUUUAUUAAUAUUGUCUUUUUUAUGUUCAUUAAAUUCUUUUACUUUUUGAGCAAGUUUGCCAUAUAUUGCCAUGGCAGGCUUAUUUUACUGGGUAAGGAAUUGGAAAAAUGUCCUUUUCAAUGUUUACAUAAGGACUAAUUAUUAUACAUUUUUUUCUUUGUAAAGUUUAUUUAUUCAGUUUUCAUCAAGAUUUUUAUAGGGGGAAAAGUUUAUUUAUUAAUUGUUUCAUUUACUGUAAAAGUUUUUUCACAAAGGUAAUUCAAAUAGUUAUAAAUUUUUCUAAAAAGGGGCUUGGGAUUGUUUUUUUCAUUGAUAAUUGUGACUACUGUUUUUUUCCCUUAAUUAUUACCAAAGUUUUUAUUUAAUAUUCUUUAAAAGUAUAUGUGAUACCUAUUUUUCUUUGUGCAAUAGGAAUAGAAAUACUUUACAUGUAACUGUAUUAAAUUAUAGAUAUAUUUUUUUGCUGUAUUUGUAUUUUGCAUCUCUUGUGAACAGAAUCAAAUCAGUCAUGCGAUGCCCUAUAUAUAAGUGGAUGUAUAUCUACCUAACUUAUUUCAAGUACUGUUCAGAUUCUUGGCAUAGCUUGUAGCUGUCAAAAGGAUGGCAAAAUAUUUCUGAUGAAUUAGGCUUGUCAUCAGUUUCUAACUUAGUAUUUACUUUUUAAUUUGAGAAUUUGAAUGUGUAUUUCGUCUUCAUAUAUAUAUUCUUUACUUCUUAUUACUAUUUGAGAAUUUAAUGGUUAAUUUUAAAAUUGUUGUAAUUAAUGAAAGUAAAAGCUUAUCAUCCAUUUUAUAAACACAAUAUUAAAUAUUUCAUUUUUUUUUUGUUUCCUAAUAAUGAAAUUAAAUAUUGAAAAUUUCUUAGCAAUUCUUUUCUAGGUAUUGAGGACCAAGUUAUGUAUGACAAUCUGUUGAUAAAUGUAUACAUUUAUUUUAUUUCCGAGUGUAACAUUUUAAAUUUUAUUAAAAAGUUAUACAAUUUUAACUCUUUUCAUUCUUUUGGGACCUUUGUUUUGUUCUAAAAAUAUGUAAUUAUGCUCUGUUUACUUCUAUUUCAUGAAAUAUUGCAUUUUUUAGAACAGAAUUUUAAUUCCUUUUUGUAUUUAAAUAAAUAUUCAUAUAUAUUUUAAAGAUAAUAUUAAGCUUCAAAGUAAUGAACUUAGGAAUUGAGACAGACAGGCAGAAUACUGUUUCAAAAAAUUGUUUUAUAUUUUUAAAAAAACAUGUAAAUUUAACUGUUUAGGGCACUUUUUAUUAAAGGUGCAUGUUUAUAUUUUAGAUGGUAAAGCUUUUACUUUAUUUUUGUACUUAUUGAUAUUUAAGAAUAUUUUGGUAAAAAAAAAAUCCCAAGUUAAAUGUGUGGAAGAUUUUAGCUUUUCAUACCUAAAGUUAGAAUCUUUAUUCUGUCAAAAGCAUUACUUUAAGCUUUAAAAAAACAUUUUGAUGUAUUUGCACUCACUUCUCAUUUGGAAUGUGUGAUAAGAGAAGUUGUUAAAUCUAGUCCUUGAUAUAGAUAAGUGUGCAAUAUCAUGUACCAAACAGUCAGAACUUUACCCAUCAUACCAGGGGAUGUAGAAAUAUAUUUCCUGUAUAGAGUUUAUGAUUAUGAAUAUAUGCAUAUAUGAAAUAGAUAAUAUAGAUGUGAAAAAAUUUAUGAAGAUAUAUGUGUAUUUGUGAAAUGCAUGUUAGUGUACAUAUUCUUCAUGCAUGCAUGCAUGAAAUUGUUAUGAUGCCUGGAGAAUAUAUAAAAUGAUGAAGAUUUACAGUUAUAUAGUUUUUAUUUUUUCCAAACUUUGGCCACUAUGAUAAAAAUAUUCCUUUUUGGAAUCUGGAUUUAAAUUUUCUUAAAAGAAAGUUUAUUGUGUUUCCAUGUGUUAGUUAGAUCAUAAUAAUAAUACAAACGAGAUAAAUUUCAAAACAUUUUUGUGCUAUAGAGAUCUGUACCAGUACUUAUUAGUACUAUAUUUUACUUCAUAUGUUGAUUCAAAGUAAAGAUUGCAAGUAAAUAUAUUUAAACGUGAAUCAACUAUUUGAAUAUAUUUUGAUUGUUAGAUUAUCCUAUAUUUAUUUUUAGUGACUGCCUUCCAUAUUGUACUAUUUUAAAAUGUAAAUAUUAAUUAAUUCCCAUAUUCAGAUCAAUUGUAUACCGUUAAAAAUAGAAAUAGAAAGUGGAAUUUAUAUGUGGCAAUAUGAACUUCAAUAAUAGAAAAAUAUCUUGAAGAAAAAGGUGCUUUUUGAUGUUGCUAUUCAUAGCAUAGAUCUACUUUUAUUGCUGCAAUAGAAUAAUAAGAUUUUUAUUUUUAAAAAAUUAUUAGUUAUCAAUGAAUGAUUAGUAAUGCAGAAUUGGGUUCAGCUAUAAUUGUGAUAGUUUGACAAAUAAUUACUGAAAUAUUUUUUUUUCUAAAGUAAAAAAAAAAAAAAAGAAUUUGAAUUACAAUGAGAUAUAGAUUUUUUUUCUCAUAUCAAUCACUAUAGAUGAUGUUUCUCUUUUAAUUCAUACUUUGGGACCUAAAAUUUAAAUUUUUCAAUCUUUUAAAUGAUCUGAUGUGUUGUGUCUUCUUUUGAAUAGGCGGCCUGUACCUCUCAUACCUCCUCGUAUUCCCGAUCGACCACAGGGACAAGUCAAGCAUAACUAAAUCCAUUUGCCAAAGUAGUAACUCAAAACUUUUUUUUUCAAGUAUAUUAUUCAUCAAAAUAAAAAAAAAGCCUUCAGUGGACAUUUUAUACAUGAUAAAUAUUUUUUUAGGUAAAUACUCAUAAAUUCAAAGUAAGACUACUGGUUUAUUUUCCUCUGAAAUCACUGUUAAAAAUAAUGCUGAAUGUGCUGUGGUAUGCCGUUCCUCAAGCAGUUGUAAAUGCACUCCAUUAAUCUGUGAUUAUUCAUUUAUAUUAACGUAAUUUAUUCCAUGCAUGAUGUGUGGUUGUAUGUGAUUGAUUUUAUAAGUUUUUCCUUUUUUUUUCUUUUUAUGUGUUCUAUUAUCAAAAACUUUUUGUUUCGUCAGAUUUUUUUUUUUUGCUUAAUUUUAAGUGCCAAAAGGAAUGUUUUCAUACUUCACUCAAGUAAGUACAUUUUAUUUAAAUUAUGUUAGUAAUGUAAACUUGAAUUUCUGUUUAUAUUAUUCACAUUCCUACUGAUUGUUAUUUUGAAAAUCAAAAACUUCCAUUUUCAAUCAAAAACAAUAUUUUUAAAAUCUUACAUUUUCUAAUAAAAACUUUUUUUUUAUAAUAGGGAUUAACUUAAGCCAUCAUAAUUCAGUCAUUUACAAAUAUGUAUUUAAAAAAGAAAAAACAGAUUACUUUGAACCAUUGUCAUUUAAUCAUUUUCAGCUGUAAAAAAAGCAUAAUUCGAAUUUUAGAAAGUUUAGGUUCAUAUUUUAAAUAUUUUUAAAAUCAUGUAAAAAGAAUCCUUAUAGAUAUUUCAUAUUACUUACUCAUAAGUUCUCAGUUUUUGUAUUAUAUUAUGAAUUUGAAAUAAUUCUCUUUCACUUAAAUAGUAACGUUAAAUUGAUGCUGACACCUAAAUAGUAACAAUGUAUUGAUUUUUUGUUAGUAAAAGAUUCAGAACUUUAAAAAUUUCUUUGCUUCAUCAAAAAAGAGAUUAUUAAAAGUAUUGUUUAAGAACUAUUAUGGAUAAAUAUCUUGAACUUAAAUGAACAUUCCAGUUGGUGAUUUUUGACAUUUUUUAAGUAUUCAAAUGUUCAACAUAUAAUAAUUCCUGUUACUGUGUAUUAGAAUAUUGCAUGACUUUUAUGCUUAUUUAUUUUUUGAUAUUGUUAUGGUUUAUUUAUAUUGCCUGCUGUUAAUCGCGUUUUGAAAUAAAAUUGUUGAUUGUUUACCAUUUUUAUAUUGUGCUGUUUGAUUGUUGAGACAUUUUUGUUAAUUUCAAUGCUAUGUUACAUGAAAGCUGCAACCUGGCUUGAACUGCAGAGUGGUUUCUUGUAAAAUGUUUGUCCCUGCAUACUUAAAUGUGUUAAUCUAUAGAUGUAUUGAAUUUAUAUGUUUACACUUGCUUAUGUAUAUAGAUAUUUUUUGUUACAUUCUCAGCAAAUAUUUGUGUAAAUUAAUUUUAUUGCUCUUCUAAACUUAGAAAGCAGUUUAAGACUAGUCGACCAUUUGUUGGGGUUGUUAACAUUUAUUUAUACUGCAUAAGUUUUGUCCUUUUUUAUGAAAAAUAUUUGUAAAUUUUUGUGUUAAAUGCCAUUUUAAUACAUUGAAAUCUAAUUCGAAAUCUUUAUUAUUUGUAUAUAUUUUAUGAUACUUUCCUGCAUUUUAAAUUCUUUAAUAUCAGCUUUUAAAUGUCUGAAGUUGUUUAUCAUUAAUUUGAGAUUUUACUUUGAAUUGAAUAUGUAUUAUUAUUUCAGGAAAAUUGUACAAAAUUGUUACAUUAUAUAAAAAUUACAAAGGUUGUAUCACUUAAUACAGAAAAAUAAGAAAGCAGUCAAUACAUGCAUUUGUAUCUACCUUUUAGUCUUGUCUCUUGACUGAACAUAUCACUUUGAACUGAAUUCCCAUUUAGUUACCAUAGAGUUAUAACUUUUGGAGUUUUUCAAUAUUUUUAAUAGAAUGCAGCUUUUACGUAACAGUGCAAUUAAAAUAAGAUUAAAAAGAUGAUGCAAAAUAUCUUUAGGUGGAUUUGGUUUGUUUUGAAAAAUCUUUUAUUUAUUGUAAAGUUAUUCAUUCCACCAACAAUUUUUGAAAUUAAGGUUGCUGGCAAACCUUUUUAUAUUUUGAUAUCAUUUUCCCCCCUUCUCUUCACUGUAGACUUUUGUUCUGUUUAAUUAUUCUUUUAUUCUCUUGCAUCCUAAAAAUAUGCUAAUGGUAUGAUCUAUAUCUAUAAAAUUAUUUUUUUUUAAUUCCAUAAUUUUUUCCCAUAUCCUUUUCAGGCCAGCUGUUAAAUGUUGUUCUGUACAGAAAUUUGUAAAAUGAUGCAGGUUUAAAUAUUAUAUAUAUGUAUACAUAAAUAUAAUCAACUUGUUAGUAUUAUUUUGAAUGUGUGUGCAAUAAAUUGUUUUCCUUAUUUGUUGGAAGAAAAAUAUGUAUUCUAAAUUGAUUAAAUUAAAAUGUAAAUAUUGUUGUUUUGAGUCAUUUAUUUGCAAGAUUACAUACAGGUAAAUGUUUUUGUUUAUCUCCAAGAAUAUUGUAAAUAUUAAAAUAAACACAUAUAAUUGUUA